AUGCCCAGUUAUAACCGCAGCGAUUUCAUUACAAUGGGGGAAAUUACAUUGCCCGUUACAACACUAUCUAUCUAUCUAUCUAUCUAUCUAUCUAUCUAUCUAUCUAUCUAUCUGGGAGAGAUCCACAACACUAUCUAUCUAUCUAUCUAUCUAUCUAUCUAUCUAUCUAUCUAUCUAUCUGUUAUACCUGACACUAUUCAUUCAUUCAUCUAUCUAUCUAUCUAUCUAUCUAUCUAUCUAUCUAUCUAUCUAUCUAUCUAUCUAUCUGCAAAGAUUAAUAGAACAUCGUUCCCAGUGAUCGUCGGGUUGUCUCUAUUACUAUAUUAUAGGCGGCCCCACAGAUCGUUGGGUUUUCUUUAUUACUAUAUUAUAGGCGGCCCCCAGUUCGUCGGGUUUUCUCUAUUACUAUAUUAUAGGCGGCCCCACAGAUCGUCGGGUUGUCUUUAUUGCUGUAUUAUAGGCGGCCCGACAGAUCGUCGGGUUGCGGCCCCCAGAUCGGAGGGUUGUCCUUAUUACUAUAUUAUAGGCGGCCCCAAUGAUCGUCGGGUUGUCUCUAUUACAAUAUUACAGGCGGACCCACAGAUCGUUGUGUUGUCUUCAUUACUAUAUUAUAGGCGGCUCCCAGAUCGGAGGUGUCCCCACAGAUCGUCAGGUUCUCUCUAUUACGAUAUUAUAGACGCUUCCCUCCCCAGAUCGGUGGGUUGUCUUUAUUACUAUAUUAUAGGCGGCCCCGCAGAUCGUCGGGUUGUCUCUAUUACUAUAUUAUACGCGCACCCACAGAUCGUUGGUUUGCCUAUUACUAUCUAUAGGCCGUCCAACAGAUCCUUGUGUUGUCUUUGUUACUAUAUUAUAGGCGGUACGUCUAUACAAACGACAGCCUAUAUUGAUAUGGUGGCUCUUCGAUUUGUUAAACAGGCAACUCCAGGUCACGUGGUAGCCCGCUCGAACGUGAUUCGUUCGUACAGCAAACAAUACAUUCGUCACCAAAGACUUUUCACUUUGACCGUCAUCAGAGAAGCGAGUUCUUCUUCUUCUUCUUCUUCUUCUUCUUCUUCUAAUCACUUUCCUAUUAUUCUAUGUAAUUUUAAUAUUUUGUUUUUUAAACAAUAUCUAUCUAUCUAUCUAUCUAUCUAUCUAUCUAUCUAUCUAUCUAUCUAUCUUAAAAAAUAG